AUGAAUUUAUUCAUGACAUCAUUUAUUCUUAUAAGAGACAAUAAAAAGUUAAUUUAUCCAUUUACCUUACCUACACAAAGACGUAGCGGCGUUGUCGGUAGAAAUUUCUUUGAUCUCACACUUCUAAUUGCUGGUCUCUUUACAGAUGCUGUUGUUGCUUCAAAUGUUAUAAUCAGUGCUUUGACUUUUUUUUUUUGCUUUGUAAAUCAACCGAGAGUGAAAAAACAAAAAGCCGACAAUGUUUGCGAAAAACCACUAAAUGGAUUCCUGUUUGUUGAAUGUGAUUUGGAAAACCACAAAUUAUGUUUCUUACGAAAGAUACAAGAAGGGAAAAACAAGGCAAGCUAA